AAUCCCUAGAGAGAAGAAGGUGAAGAAGAAGUAAGGCGUUGGGGAAUUUUCGGAAACUGAUUUUCUCGGAAAAUGGGUCUGACGAAUUUCAUAUUGACGGUUGCCGGAGUUGGAGCGGUGGUGAUUCUCUUGAGGGGCGACGUCAAGCAAUCCGCCGCCGUUUUCAGGCGCAACGUCAAGCACAUCCGCAACUGGCUCGAAGAAGAAUCUUCGGCUGCCUCCAAGGCAGCUGAGAAGGCAAAGCCAAAGGAACUAGAUUCGAAGAUUCCCGAGAAGGGCGUUCCGAAAGAGAAGGAUUAGAGUGUCUGAAUACUUGUAGGUGAAGCGAUUCUUACAAGAGUUGUUCGUUUUUGAGCCCAUGUUUCUACACUUGCUGCUCUAACCAUGUUAACAACCGGUAUGUGAUUUUGAGUUCAGUAUAAAGGUUCUGUAUUUCCCCUUCUUAGGCCUUAAGACCAUGACCUGUGACUACUUUUUGGCCGAAUAAUACCGUUCUUGCGCACUCGUCGAGUGAAAAUUUUUA